GGCUGGAGGAUGAGGCCGAGUUCAACUUCGGCAGAGCCGGGGAGGUCGAGGCAGCGACCGGGGCAGGAGGAGCUGCCAGCAGCGAUCGUCUCGGUAAAACCGGCGACGGGGACAAGGCUGGAGCCGAGAAGAGGGCGACGGUGCGGCUCAACCUGUCUCUCUCCGAGCCCGACGACCGCUCCUCCGUCGAGUUUAAUUACGGAGAACUCAUCCACAACCUCCAGGCAAAGAAUAAACCACCAAGUCAGACUUCAGCCCACAAUCCCAACGACCCCUUCAACGAUGACGAGAGAGAGCGGGUCCAGGUUGAGGCCAUGGCUAAAAAGUUUGAAAAUAAAUAUGGUAACACAGGGAAGAAGAAGAAGAAGGACAGAAUGCAAGAUUUGAUCGAUAUAGGUUUCGGCUACGAUGAGACAGACCCCUUUAUUGACAACUCAGAAGCUUAUGAUGAGCUGGUCCCUGCGUCUUUGACCACAAAGCUGGGGGGAUUUUACAUCAACACUGGCACGCUGCAGUUCAGAGCGGCCUCCGACUCCGAGGGAGAGGGGGACAAGAAGCCGAAUAACGACAAGGAGCAGGUGAUUAAGAAGAGGAAAAAGAAGGAAGCGAACAAUCUGGAGGAGAAGAACCCGAAGAAGAACAGAGUAACUAAACAAGGAGUGACGGCAAUCAGCCUCCACCGGCCGGAGAAGAAGAAGAGGAAGAAGCUGAUGAAGGACUCACUGUACCUGGCGGCCAUGCUCCGCCGCUUCACCCGGGAGAAGGAGGAGAUGAGGAAAAGGAACCCAAACAUGGCUCACUGUGGCCUGGCAGGAGGUGUGGCUAACAAGCCCCACUCCACCAACUCAACGAACCACCUGUUAGCCUCUAACUCCACCCAUCCGCAGGGCAACACAGCCAGCAACGACCUCUCACUGGCAGACCUCACCUCGGACCCCGCAGUGAUGUCACUGCUGGGCUCGGCCAAUGAGAAGGAGCUGCAGGAUCUCUUAAGCGACCUGGACUUCAGCUUGUUGGACACUGACCAGCAGCAUGCAAUGGUGGCGGCCAGGGAGAACGGCAUUCUGGGAGUCGGUGUUCCGACUAUUAAAGCAGGAGGAGGAGGCGGUGGCCAAGGGCGAGGCCUUGGGUCUUCCAGCGGACUGUUUUCUCCUCCCCCGCUGCCUGACGGCCUGCCUGCUCCUCUUACUAAACGCAUCGAGGACCUGUGGGCGGCCUCGCGGCAGUUUGAUCAAGAGGGCAGGAAGAAAUUUUUCACCUUGGACAUGAAUAACAUUCUGUUGGAUAUUGAGCUGCAGGUUCAGGAGCAGCCCCCUGAGGUGCGUUCGGAAAUCUACUCGCACAUGGAGGCAUUCGUGCCAUGCAACAAAGAAGCCCUCCUCAAACGCCUGAAGAAGCUCAGUCUCAACAUCCAGGACGAUCGACUACGGACGCCGCUGUUGAAGCUGAAGCUGGCGGUGUGCAGUGUGAUGCCAGAGCAGAUAGCCAGAUACAACAUGGACUGCAUGGCUAAGGUUGCAAAGCAGCAGUCAGAAGAUGGCGAUAAGAAUGGCUCAGAGGAGGAAGAUGAGGAGAAGCCUGGGAAAAGGGUCAUGGGUCCGCGGAAGAAGUUUGUCUGGGAUGACAAGCUCAGGAACCUGCUGUGCAUCUUGGUGCGAGUAAAGCUGAGCUGCUAUGAGAUGGAGAACCAGUGCUCUCUGUCUGUGGAGGACUACCUCAAGGCCUUCUUAGAGAAUGAGGUCAAACCACUAUGGCCCAAGGGCUGGAUGCAGGCCAGGAUUCUGCUGAAGGAGAGUCUUUCCGUUCACAGUCACCUCACUGGAAACCUAGUCAAGAGGAGAAUGAUGCCUGGACCCAAGGCCAAAGCCAAGGAGGGUCUUUGGAUCCACAAACCACCUCUCACCAUGACCUCCACCCAAUCUCUGCCCACUUCCACAUCCGCUCUGACCUCCAACCGCCAGACCGUCUCCUCCUCCUCUCCCUCGGAGCCCAUCUGUCUGUCGGACUCUCUGGACGAGGACCUGACUGCUCCGUCUCUGGACUCCAUCUCCCACGCUCUGGCCCUCCUCAGCAAUGCAUCCAAGGGCCUGGGCCCCUCAGACAGCCCCUUGUCGCCCCCACCUCUACAAAUCCCCACCUCCUCUCCUCCUCCCGUUGCCCCUCACUACCCCUCGGCCUCUCAGCUCUCUGCCUCAGUUGCAUCCACGACGCAGCAACAUUCCCUGUCAAAGGUGGAAACUGCUCAGUUAGCGGCUGCGUCGGCUGGGAACUUGUCGACAACAACAACGCUGCCAACCUCCUCUUCUACCUCCUCUUCCUCGUCUCCUGUUGUCGCCUCCAUGGCUCGUGUGCAGGCAGCGGGCCUGUCGCUGGCGUCCAGGACUGCAAAUGGUCCCUACGGCCUGAUCAAAGGAUCUGGCACCAUGGGCCAAACCCAGACUCAGAGACUAGUUACCAUGGCAUCACCCAAUCACAGGCCAAGCUCGGUGAUAGGCGUGAGUGGCAAGAUGCAUCCACACCCUUCCCCAUCGCCUCCGAAGCAGCGGCCUCCUCCCACGGCUUCCCCUCUGCUGCCCCCCCAUCAGAAGGGCUUUGUUAGCUUGGUGGGGAUGCUGGGAACUAUGGGAGCCCCUGAAGGACUGAUCAAGAGCAGCGCCAAAGUUGGUGGCAUCAGCACCAACGGCAGCUCGGUGAGCAGCAGCAUUACACCUUCUUCCUCCCCUUCCUUACAGUCCCGCUCCAACUCCACCGCCCACCCUGGCCUGCAGUCCUUCUGCCCUCCCUCCCCCGUGGCCUCCUCGCCAUCCCCCACCUCCCAUACCUCACACUCCGCUCAAGUUAAAUCCCACACACACCACCACCAGCCCAACUUCAUCACCCCAAUGCAGGCCACCCUCACCAAGUCCUCCCACAGCAGCAACUCCUCACCCAUCAUCAAGCUCACUCCGCGGCCUCCUGCGCCCACCCCGCCUCCUUCCUCCUCCUCUCCCAUCAUCAAGCUCACUCCGCGGGCUCCUGCGCCCACCCCGCCUCCCUCCUCUUCCCCCUCCCCGUCGUCCUCACCCUCGCACCCGCUCUCCCAUCAGAUGAUCUCCAGCCAACAGCAACAACACCAGUAUACCCCCAAAACCCCCAAAACCUUUCGGCCCCCCUUCAGCGUAUCGGGCGGCGGGCAGGUAAAGCAGACCCAGGGCAGCUACAGCUUCGCAGGAGGCCAGAAAGCUCAGUCCACCCUGAGCAACAGUAGCAUCAACAACUCCGCCAACAACAAGGGAGUGGUAUCAGUUGUCUGCAGUCACCCAGACAAAACUCCUUCAUCUUCUGCGCCUUCAAUCUCAGCCAAUCACGGGCAGAGGCAGAGAAUGGUGGGCGGGGCUAACAAGAGCUCAAAGGCAGGAAACGGUUGGGCGGCCUCAGGAACUUUGGCCACGUCCUCCACAACGCCACACCUCUCACAGGUAUCCACAGCAGGCACUUCCCUCCUGGGCAACCCUUCCGCUCUGCCCCUGGGCUUUGGGAUGUUGGGAGGCCUGGUACCCGUCUCGCUGCCCUUCCAGUUCCCCCCGUUGCUCAACUUCAGCCCUCCCGGAGCCCCAGGGGCCGCUGGCAUGGGCUCCGCCCCCAGCUCCAACUCAGGAUAUCCCCUAGCACAGAGCGACCUAAUGGAUCUGUAUAAGAGUCUCCAGUCAGGGUCGCAGGCUGCCCUACCUCCUCACUUGCAGCUUGCUUUCUCAGAUGCGAACCAAAGCCAGGGUGGAGACAUGAAGAGGAAAUCCCACUGACCAAUACCUGCGAGGUGACGUCACAACCUCCUGGACACAUCCACCAAUAGGAAUCUUCACUUUGAUUGACUGACACAGUGAUGUGGUAUGAGGGGGCGGGGCUCCACUGCCUCUUUUCAAAAUGGACCUAUAGGAGAAUCAGUUUAUCCUCGCUACAAGUGGCAAUGAUGAAUUAAUUUAACUGUAUUUUCUAAUGAACCGGGUAUGAGAACAAGACGGAGUGAAUGACGAGAAAACUUAUUUUUUGUUCCGCUUAUUUUUAUUUUUGUCAACAUGUUUACAUAUGACCGACCUUGAUCACUGUGGAAUGAGUGUGAGCGAGGUGGUGGUACAGACGAGAGUAGUAGUACGCUACGUAAUAUAAUUUGUAUUUAAGCUUAUGUGGAAUAACAGGACUCUUGUUCUUGCAGUACAAAAAGAAAAAAAAGAAAAACAGACUGAGUAAUGAAUUUUUAUUUUUCUGUCUUUUGUCUCAAAUGUGGGAAUCGUCGUGUCCGUAGAAAUUUUAUUGUUGGUCACCUCUGCUCCCACAAAUGACUGUUAAGUAGUAGCUUAAAUUAAUAUUGAUAAAUUAUUUGUAAUUUACACAGGGACAAAAACAUGUUAUUGUGUGUGUGUGUGAGAGAGAGAGAGAGAGAGAUGUGAGGUUGAUUUGAAUGUGUGUAUGUACAUAAAAAACACAAUAUACUGUUAAUUUCUUUCCAGAUUAUUCUGUGUGAAUGGAUAAGGACGCGUAUCCCCUUUUCACAAUAAUGACCGAGUGUAAGUUUGAUGCCCCUCUCUUGCUCAGUGUGUUUUUGGUGCUGUUUAAUCACACUGGACCUUUUCUGGAAAAAAGACUUGAAUUGAAAAAGUUUUGGGCUCCUCUUCUGGAGCGAGGAGCCGCCUGUGAGAGAGGGGAGAAACGUCAAGAUUGUAGCCUACUUGAAUUCUGUUUUCUUUCUUUUUUUGUGAGUUAAGAUUUUUAUUUACUUUCUCUGCUUAUUGACUCGAACCAACUUAAUAUAACACAACGCCUUAGUUUAUAUCGAAAAGUAUGAAAAAGAUCUAUGCAGGACUGUAAAACGCUCAAUGCAAAAGUGCAAGUCGUCGCUUGGCUUUCAACCUCUACUCAACUUGUCAGUACAUUUCUGGAGUUGUGAAUGUUUGUAGAUGUUAUUAUGUCACUUGAGACUCCUUCUUUUCCCGCUGUGUUCAGACAGAAUGUAAAACAAAUUUUUAGAAGAAUGGAGAGACGCGAUCACCAGACCGAGUUCGAAUGGCGGCGAGUUGAAAAUGUUUCAACUUGAAGGAAAGAGUUGUGCUUACGCUGCAUUCAGGCCAAAUGAAACUGUAACUACAGCA